AGUGAUUCUGACUAAUGAAGUUUCGUAUGUAUGCUAUACAGGUUUUUUUCUGAUCUGAUAGUGCACAUAGAGAUAUUUAAUAUAUGUAUGAAGAUUUUUUAUUCCUAGUUCUGAACGAAUGCGAAUCAAUUAAAAUGAACAUAACUACUGGAUAAAUAGUGACCAUUAUUUUCAGUAUUUUUUUUAUAACGUUUAACAUCAAUUGUUAAUCUAUGAUUAUAGUUUUCUACUAUUAAACUAUGUGUUCUACUUAAUCGAUAAUCAUCAAUGACCAAAAUAAGGCGAUGUUUAAGACUGUAAUUGUGAAUAUCAGAGUUAACUCAUAUACUUAUCCUCGUGAACUUGUUUCUUUUUUAAUAAUCAAACAAAAAUACAAAAAAUAUUUCAUUAUGGUUGAUUUUUCAACUUUACAAUAUUAUUAAUUCGUAUUAUGUGAAGAAGCACAAAGAAAAAAUGUUACUGAUGAAGAAGAUGAUCAACAGGAAAAACUAACGAUGUUAGUACGAUUUGUCAAUGAAAAUAUUGAAUCUCCAUUUCCAAAUCAAUAUAAAGAUUAUGAUUUUAAUAAAGUUUAUAGUGAAGAUCUAGAUAAAGAUAAUCCAUUUGUUCAACAAAAUGUAUUAAAACAUUUUUUGAAAGAUUAG